AUGUCAGAAGCUGAGGCAAAUGUUGGGAUGGCCUGCAAUGCUGGGCCUGAUGAGAAGAAGUUGAAGUUGCAAGUGUUGUAGGACAUAGCCAACUGCCUAAGAAUCCAUUCCAUCAGGGCCACAAGUACCUCCACCACUAGAGACAAAAGAGAUUGGGAAGACUUGGUAGAUGUGGCAAAGAGGAUUUCAUCCAGUGGGAUAGGAGGGGGACUACCAUUUGUUAAUGUGGCAACAAAAUGGUCUGGGCAAAGACUAGGGGCUGCCUGUGGGAUGGCAUAUACUGGCAAGUACCUUGACCAAGCCAGCCCCAGAAGGGUCCUAACUGUUUCUUUCUACCAAGUGUUCUGUCUUCUGGGUGACGGGAAGUCCACAGGAGGCUCUGUCUGGGAGACAUUGGCCUGUACAUCCUGCUACAAUCUGAACAAUCUCAUAACAAUCUUUGAUAUGAACCGCAUUGGACACAGUGACUCCAUGUCAGUUGAGCACUGCAGCUACCAGAAGCGUUGGGAAGCCUUUGGGUGGACUUAUGUGGUGGAUGGCCAUGACUUGAAGACCCUAUGUCAUGUGUUCUCCCAGGCAGCUCAAGUGAGAGGCAAGCCCAGGGCUGUGGUUGUUAAGAUCUUCAAGGCCCGAGGCAUGCCAAAUGUUGAGGAUGCAGAAAGUUGGUAUGGAAGGCCAAUGCCAAAAGAAAGAGCAGAUGAAAUUAUUAAAUUAAUUGAGAGCCAGAUACAGACCAACAGGAUUCUUGUACCACCACCCCCUAUUGAGGACUUAUCUCAAAUCAACAUCAUGGAUAUAAAUAUGACCUCACCCCCUGUUUACAUAGCUGAUGACAUGGUGUCUACUCAAAAAACAUGUAGUUUGUCUCUAACUAAACUAGGCCAUGAAAAUGACAGAGUUAUUGUGCUGGACGGUGAUACCAAGAACUCCAACUUUUCUGACAUAUUCAAGAAAGAACCCCCAGAGAGAUUCAUCCAGUGUUAUAUUGCUGAACAAAACAUGGUGAACAUGGCUCUGAGCUGUGCCACCCGUGAUGACAACCCCUACCACAUGGCCCUGUAAGACCUAGCCAUGUUCAGAGCAAUUCCCAACUGUUUCUAUCCAAGUAAUGCCAUCUCCAAAAAGUAUGCUGUUUAUUUGGCAGCCAAUACUGAGGAAAUGUGUUUCAUUCGUACCAGACAAGCAGAAACAUUUCAGAUUGGACAGGCCAAGGUUGUCUGCCACAGUGAAAAUGACAAGGUCACAAUUAUUGGAGCAGGACUCACUCUGCAGGAAGCCCUACUGGCUGCUGAUGAGCUCUCUAAAGAAGCUGUCUCUAUCCAUGUCAUUGACUUAUUUACCAUUAAACUUCUGGACACUGUCACCAUCAUUUCUAAUGCAAAAGCCACAUCUGGCCGAAUUAUCACUGUGGAGGAACACUACCCAGAAGGUGUGUUUGAUGCUUUGGGUAUGGUCUUAUAA